CUACGGAACGAUGAGAUGCAGCGGCCGGAAUUGAAGAGACUGAUUUUCCAUACCCCGGUCCCGAGCGUACACAAUGACGAUGUUUUUUACAUGAUGGCCAAGGUGAAUGGUAAAAAAGACACUGCCUGGGCCAUCGCAAUUGACAUGAAACGUGCGGCUGUGGAAGCAAUGUCCCCCUUUUCUGCUCAAGUGUACAGUCUCGUUACAAUGUACCGUCCAUGCGUCUUCCCCAAGUACCUCAACAUGGCCCCAGGGGCAGGCAUGGGUAAUCCAGUAAACGAGUGUUUUAAGCGGUUGAGUUCGAAGCAAUGUCUGGUGGAAGUGGUGUGGACUCUAGACUGGCUUCGAGAACUCGAUCAAGUCUUGGAAAUUGAGAGGUCAACUUACAACACCUGUAGAUCGCUACUUCAGCUUUCUCCAGUAUCAUCUCUUCGUUCCAAUAUCGAAUCAAUGGUAAAAUGUGCUUCCUUCUGUAAUGGUCAAGGUGAAGCUGCAUCCAAAGCCGUGAACUUUUGCUUAAGAGCCUUGGAUGAUUUCGACUUGGCACUACAUGAAUCACCAUGUGAUCUGUCCGGAUCUGUUGAUGCCAUCAGGUUCAAAAUCUGGGAUGUCCUUCAAGCUCUAGACAAGUAUGGGAAACAUUGUUCCAACUUACUAAUUAGGAGUCAUUCGUUUUAUGUUAUGCUAAUCUUGUAUUUGCUUGAUUCGUCCAGUAUAUUGCAAAUCGUGCCACCGACACUGAUACCAGAAGAAGGGACACCUAGAGAAGGAAAAAGAGGAGAACUAUCGGAAACCUGCGAGAAGCCGGAUAAUGAAUCUGACAAGUGGCAGAAAGAGACUUCCAAGCCCAGUAACUCUCGAGUGGAGAAGUAUCAAGACAACGGGGCAUGUGACAGGAAAGAACGAAGAGCCAUGAUGGUUUGGGAUGUCAGGUUGCUGAUUCUCAUUGUCUUAUUUCUGGCAUCGCUCGUAUUCACUGGUGCUAAAAUAUGCUUCCUAUAAUGGUCAAGGCGAAGCUGCUUCCAAGUGUGUAGAUUUCUACUUACGAGCGUCGGAUAAUUUUGAUGAGUUGCGGGAGUCGCCUAUGAGGGAUCCAUCAACAGCCGAAGCCAUGAAGAGUCAAAUCGUUGUUUUGCUUGGAGCUCUAGACCAGUACUAGUUCUAGAAAUGAAAAUUUUGUCUCUUACCUUAAAAAAAAAUCAAAAGAAGCAUCAGCUGAUCUCGUCCUUUUUGUACCUUUCUCCAUCAUUUCAGUAUCUUGGAAUUUGUACCGCUGAAAGAUAUGCCAAGAAGAGUACAGAUGAUGCUCGCAAGUGUCUGCCUCAAACGAGAAGAACCAGUACUAGUAUUUGGACACUGACAAGCCAUGCCAUGGAAAGGUUAGAUCCGAUGGACAGAAGCAAGCAGGGAGAUCCAACCCGAAUAACUCCGGGGAGGCUCAGAAGAAGAACAAGAACAAAAAAAAGAAGAAGCAGCAGGCGCUGGUCCUGAAUCGCCGAUUACCGGUGCAGUUGUACCUGCUAUAUUUUGUCGGCUCUGUAUUGGUAGCGGUUGCUGUAAAAGCGUUGUGUCGCCAUCUCGGUUCAGUGUAAUAGAGCCAGUAUCUUUACUACCUUUUUGCCAGAACGAGGAGGAACAAAAGCGUAUAUUCUACUCCUUCCACAAUAUAAGCCGUUUUGGAGAUA